GAGCACCGGGGGCGCGGCCUGGCCGGCGCGGCGGGCCGCGGGGGGCGGUGGGGCGGCUGCGGGCGCAGCGGGGCGGCAGGCGCGGGCGCGGGCCAUGCUGAGGGGAGCGUGCAGCCGGCUAGCCUCGUCGCUGCGGGGGACGCGCGCGGCGCCGGCCGCAACCGCCCAGAGGCGGCUGCACGCGUCCGGGGCGCGGCCGUUGGCAGACAAAAGCGAGGGCCCGGAGGGGCCGGCCCGCGCCUUCGACCCGGCGCUGCUGGAGUUCCUGGUGUGCCCGCUCUCCAAGAAGCCGCUCCGGUAUGAAGCAUCAACAAAUGAAUUGAUUAACGAAGAGUUGGGAAUAGCCUAUCCAAUUAUUGAUGGGAUUCCUAAUAUGAUACCGCAGGCAGCUCGGAUGACACGUCCGAAUAAGAAGCAAGAAGAGAUGGAGCAGCACUAGAUCAUAAUUAAAAACAAAACAACGAAACACACACCAACUCAAUUUUCUUACCACCAUCUAGGUUUUAACAAGUCAGCGUGGCGGGUUCGUUUACUAAGUGGGGGAGAAGAUGUUUCUCUCUCUUCCUACAUUGAC